CCCUUCCGGUGUCCCCUUCACGUGGAGGACUGAGGCCAAGUGCCCGAACCCCUAGAAAAAGAGCUGUUGCUGCACGCGCGGCUUUGGGAACACACGGGCAGGCUUAGGCAGCGCUUAGAUGCCUGGGCGCCCGGUGAGAGGCCAUGCAUGUGUUCACACGGUGAGGACAGGAAAGGUGUUUCAUAACACAGAGCAAGUUGAAGGGGACCAGCUGUAUUUUCCAUCUACAACACCACGCUUGUUUCUACAUCCUUGUGAGAAAGAUAUAGCCCUGUAUUUAGGAACAGAAGUUUUUCUCACAAAAGAUGGAUUUACAAGUAGCAUCCUUCCAUUUUCCAUCCCUACAUCAAUGAUGGUUGGCAAACCAGAAGUCACAUCAGCACAUUUUAGUACUGGAACAGUGGUCUUAGUCGUGAAUCAAAAAGUUUAUGUUUAUGAUUAUGAAGGUGAUAGGUGGCAUAAAUCUUCAGGUAUAGAUAGCCCUGUUUCACAUGUUUCUGGUGACAAUUGUUGUCAUAAGGCACUGACCUGCUUGGAGAUGAAUGAUAAGGUGAUUGCUUAUUUGCUUGGAGAUCAAAUAUCACAUACCAACAUAUAUUGGUCACUUUCUCAGGGAUUUUCAUUCCAGAAGAUUGACUAUAAAAUGCAGGCCAAAGGAGUUGGGACUUUGGGUGGCAUCUUCAACUUUGGCUCCUUGUCACAGAUUGGGAUGCUUUCUGUAGAUCAAGGGAAGGCCAGGUUUAGCUACUCUACCCACCCCUUGAACCGCAAUUUUGGGGUAUCCUUUGACUACAAUGAGACCCUUGACGUCCUCCUUGCCCCUGGCCAGAGAGGCAUUAUCCUCUUGUGGUCUCAGAAGACCUUGAUGAUUUCCCGAAAUGCAGGUCAGCUCGUCAGCUCUGUCUGGGUACAGGAAAGACCCAACACCUUGUAUUCCAUCUUUGACACCAACAUCACCAUCCACAAUGUUGCUGCCAAUGAAAAUGAAAUGGCAGUUUUAACUCAGGAGAAUAAUUUGUAUUAUGGCAACCUGGGAAUCCUAUCAAAUUCUCUAAUCAAAUUUUCAGACCAAAACAUCUGGUCCCCACAGUCAACUCUGAUGUUCACUGGCGUGGGGAGUCUUGAAAUACUGACCCCACUUCCCGAUAAACAUUUUGCAGCUUUUGACUUCCAGAAGUGCCCCGUGAAUAUUCAGCGGGUGCUCAUGGACCCCAAAUUUGAUAUAGGUGUUUGCGAAGUAGAAUUUCUGUAUGGAGAAUUUGAAAAUGAAUUGUUCACUAUGGAUAUGAACAGCGAGUUGGAAUUGACUGCCAUCAUGAUACCCCGGCCAGGCAGUUACCCCAUCCCACUGGUGGUAGUGAGCAACCCCCACUCCCUGGGGCUGGACACCUUCAUCUAUGAGGAUGGUUAUACCUAUGAUGGGAACAUCAAGUAUAGACUGAACAUUUCUCUGAGGCAGCAGCACCAUCGGGGCAGGUCUAACCCCAACUUCACCUCCAGCAUAAAGAGACCCACAAUGUCUACCAUAACUGUGGACUUAGCCAAUAAGGAACUUUCAUGUGUGGACCUCAAGCCUGUGUCGGCCAUCAUUUCAGUCGGGUGUGACAUAACAAAAAAGAUCGUCGUUCAGAACAAAGUCUCGGCCUGUUCCAAAGGCAUCCUCGAUCCCAGGACCCUUCAGGAGAAUUACUACUACGUCAUCGAGAAGGAAGCCUAUGACCCCAACUAUGAAGGACAUAAGGCCGACGUGGACCUGGUGGUGUCUUACCGCUACGAGAGGCUGGGGUGCCCGCUCCUGGUCUACUACCACUCUCUGUGGAAGCCCGUGGUGGAGCUGUGGCGCGGAGAGAGCUUCCAGGAGAUAGUCGAGGCGGAAUACGUGUUGCUGGAGCUGAACGGGCUGUUCACGUACAAGUACUCCCUGACCGCCCACACCGCGCACUGUUCCUCGCAGCCCCAGAACUGGAGCACCAUCAGAAAGGGCAGCUUCAAGGACGACGCCUUCUCCUGGAGCCGAGAGAACUACAUGAGCUGCCACGACCCUGACAACCAUGACCCCUUGCUUUGGCCGAACGUCCAGUACCAGAUCUUGGGAGGCCCCACGGACAACAGGAUCGCUUUCAACCAAAGGAACGGCAUCUACAUCUUCCUCCUUUCCAUUGUGGAUCCACACUACACCUACUGCUCCCUGCAGACCACCUUCAGCGUGUUCGUCUAUGGGGCCUCCCCGGUGAGAACCAUCUCCUUCGAGUUCUGGGUCACAACGAUCAUGCUGAGCUUGCUGCUGUCCGUGUGUCUGGCCUACACAAUCCCCAGACAGAUCAACACCAAGUUGGGCCUCAGGGUCAGGAAGACAUGCAUGUGUCUGUGCAAGAACAUCAGGAAGAUUUGCAGGUGUCUCUGCUGCAGGAAGGGGAGGUAGUGUAGACACGGAGCGCGCCCCCCCACCCCUCCCCGCAUGCCU